AUGAGGAGCCCUCCAGUGGUACCGCUGCAUCCCUGGAAGUGGCCUACUCGCGUGUUUCAGCGAGUGCAUGUGGAUUUCGCAGAGAAGACUGGGGACUAUUUCUUCAUACUGGUGGACAGCUACUCAAAAUGGAUCAAAGUAGCACACAUGCGCUCGACUACAACAGAGAAAACCAUUGAGGUUUUGAGAUCUUGGGUCUCACGGUUUGGGCUACCCGAAACAUUGUGUUCAGAUAACGGACCGCAAUUCAUAGCAAAAGAGUUUGCGCUGUUCUUGAAACGGAAUGGUGUCCGCCAUAUUCUUGUUCCGCCCUAUCACCGAGCCUCUAACGGAGCUGCAGAGAGGUUAGUGCAAAUUGUCAAGAUGGCACUACUAAAGGAAAUCGAGAAAGUGAAGCAAGGGGGUAAAAAUCUGCCUAUGGGACAUCGACUGGCAAAUUUCUUGAUCCGCUACAGGAUUACACCGCAUUCCGUUACUGGGCAGACACCGUCAGAACUGUUCCUUGGCCGCAGAGCACGUACAAUAUUCAGCGUGCUAGUGUCAAAUCUUGAAGAGCAUGUAGUGGACAAACAGUGGCAGCAGAAAUAUCAGCAUGAUCGAAGCAGAGUAAAAUUCCGUGAAUUUGAACCGAAUAAUGCUGUCUGUGUAAAAGAUUAUAGUGACUCUAACUCUAAUUGGUCUCUGGGAACAGUGGUGAAAUGCAUGGGACCAACAUCCUAUUUGGUUCGGGUUGGACGAAGUUUGAGGCAUGUCCAUGUAGACCACCUACUCAAGUUUGAGGGCAAGAAGGGGUUAACGGAGCCAGAGAAUGCUGUGUUGGAAAAGCCUGGAGAGGUUUACCCUCCAGUUGGUCCUAGACUGGCCACAGUUCCAAAAGACAGUGUUGAUUCUCCAAUAGUGGACACUCAGUAG